CGGAUGCCUCGGGUGGGAGGGGCUCCUUGCAGGCCCUGGCUUAGGAAAGGCUGCACUCACCAACGCGGAGUGGGAGCCUUGCAUGUAAUCGGGAGCAUUCCCGUUUCACAGAGGGGAAAUCAAGGCCCCCCACUGGACCCUCCGAAAGUCAAGAUUGCAACCGAAAUGCCAGUUCCUGUUUUCUGCUGCUGGGCCCAUGUCAUCCCUCAUGUUACCCUUGGAGUCACUGAAGAACUGAAAAGCAGUAAUUCAGAUAUGUACUUACACAUUUACUGUUUUGGUUUCUUUCCGAUGUUUUUAGGGGAGGCUUAGAUGUGGACGAUGACUUAUUCAGGAAGCGCCAGCCUCCACCCAAACUUCCGGGGCUUCUGAGCAAGGCAGGGCUCGCGUGUUCCUCUCACAAGCGUCUAAUGAAGAUGGCGGAGAUGUGUGACGAGGCUCGUGCCAAGCAGGUGGAGGAGCAGAUCAACUAUGACCACCUGCAGAAACUGGAGCACAUGUUCCACGAAGCGGACAUCGAUGGAGGAGGAGGACUGGAUAUGGAGGAAUUCCGGAAAGCAAUGAAGAAGAUCAUGGGGGAUAUUUCCGACGAGGACAUCGAUGUCAUCUUCAUGAAGGUGGACACCAACUGUGACGGCUCCGUUGACUGGGAGGAGUAUCUGAAUUACAUGCUCAGUGAGUACCGGGGGAAGGACAACAUGCUGAAGAGCAAGAUGCUCCCGGAGUUCCAACCAACCAUGACAUCCGUUUCAGUGGCCCACGCCGAGGAAAUCGUCCAGAUCCAGUUCUUCCCCAGCCAGAGCAGGGGCAUCAUGGAGAAACUCAGGAAAGGCGCCGUCCGGUCGCCCUCGGGGCGAUUCCUCACCGUGAGCCGGGACGGCAUCCUGCAUUACUGGAGCGACACCUUCAAGAUGCUCCGGACCGUUUACCUGGACCAGACCAAGCGGCGCCACAGCCUGAAACUCUGGGUGAUUAACAUGUUGUGCUUGCCAAACAUCAACUUGCUGGCCAUCGCGACCACCGAUCAGGACAUUGAGUUCUUCGAUAUUGGCGGCAGCAAAUGUGACCGGAUAUUUAGCCUCGUCGACCUGGAUGGCUGCGCGACAGCCAUGGAUUACUGGACAGAUGGAUGCAGAGGCGUCUUCUGUGUUGGAGACGUGAAGGGGAACAUCUUGAUUUUCACCUCCACGGACGUUGUGAUGAACGGGCUCUUCAAUAUUCGUGGCUACAUCGGAGGCUUGGCGAGGGUGCCCGUGCAAAUCCUCAUGAAAGCGAAGACCCCGUCGUACAAGAACUUCACCGUGCCUGCCUUGCAUGGCGACUGGUGCCAGCAGAUCAUGUACAUCCCCCAGCUCAACCUGGUCGCCUCCUGCACGCCGGCUGACAAGACUGCCAUGGCGCUGACGUCGCUGCCCCUGCACAACGUCGGCAAGACCCAGUCAGCUCAGAUUGUCCUGCGGAAAGGCAUCCUCUGCUUCGACUACUCCUCGGAACUGAACAUCCUCGUGACGGGGGGAUACGAGCCGCUGAUCCGCGUGUGGAACCCGUACGUCACCAGCAGCCCCAUCACGCACAUGAAGGGCCACGCCACCGCCGUCACCCACAUCAUGAUCAACGAGCAGAGGAACACGAUCGUCAGCAUCUCGAAGGACAAAAACAUCCGCGUCUGGGACCUGCUGGACCACUUCUGCGUGCAGUCGAUUCACGGCAGGAACGUCCCGCUGGGCAACUUCCCCAUCUCGGCGGCCUUCUACCACCAGGCCAGCAACCUCCUGGUCUGCGCCACGUACACGCUCGGUUUGUUUUUCGGAGCAGAACUUUCCGAAGCAGAAAUCAAGUCCCACGAGCAGCCGGUGUGCUGUGCUCUGUACAACAAGAACUUCAAGCAGGCCGUGAGUGGCUGCUACAGUGGCAUCAUCAGUGUCUGGGACAUCAUGACCGGGCAGAAGAUGAUGGAGUUCUUCACCUCCCGUGAGAACCCGGUGGAGAUCACGGCCAUGGCCUUCGAUACGCCGGAGAGGCGGCUGAUCACGGCCCUGAAGAACGAGUCCAUCAAGCUGUGGAACUUCAACAAUGGCGCCUGCCUGAUGGAGCUGCCCUUUGAGGGGAGGAACGAGAUCAGCUGCAUCCUGUACCUGAACCACAAAAUUUAUGUCUCCGGGUGGAGCAAGCGAGUGACAUGUUACCUGGACACCAAGGACGAGCACAAGCUGGUGGACUGCAAGCACUGGAAGACCUACCACUCGGACGACAUCCUGAGCAUGGACAGCUACCGUGGCAAGCUGUUGGUGACCGCGUCCUGCAACGGGGACAUCGUGCUCUGGAACGUCAGCUCCGGGCAGGCCUUCUGCCGCUUCAACGCCUCUGAGAGCCCGCUGGUGCUCCUUCCCAAGCGGGUACGCUCGGCCUCGCUCCGUGCGGCCCUCCCCCGGAAGCGGCCCGGGGUGCAGCGCCGCCGGGCGAGGCCAGAGCAGGGCCGAGCCUCUCUGUGGAGCAGCGCAUCGCCCGCCCUGCCGGGCACUUCCCCUCACGGGCUGCUCCCGGAGUGGCGGGGAGAUCCACUGGCCGUGGCGUCCCUUGAGGCAGCGCACCGGUGCGAGGGACCCCCUGCUGUGUUCUCUGUGGAGGUGGAAGGCCCCGCACCGAACGAGGAUCUCAAGAAGGGAGCUGACGCGCAGGGCGAGGGCGGGAAGAAGCGCUGGGCCUUCUCGAGGACGGCGCUGCCCUCGGGGUGCCCGCCCCUGCCCAGGCCCGCCAGUGCGGCCUCGUCGCACGGCAGGAGGCCGGAGGCUGCCUUGCCCGGGAGCCGGGACAUGCCGCCCCAGGUGGGGUGGAGCUCCGAAGGGGGCAGCAAGAGCAGCACCUUCUCCCACGGCCUCGGUGUUGCUGAGAGCCACGUGUCAAGGAAAGAGGCACCCAGCUGGCAAGAGGAAGUCCGUGCCUGCCAGGUGGCCGUCGAGAAGGGAGGGGCUGCGUUUGCCAUUCAAUCCACAGGCAAUGUCAGAAUCUGCUCUCCUACCCAGCCCUUCCUAGGAGCCUUUGGUCAGCCUGUGCAAAUGGCCAGGCCAGCAACCUUCCUCCUGGCCCCUUCUCUUCCCGGGGGUGGGCAACAGGUCUUCAGGGGCCCCUGGCUCUUCUGGCUGGCUGGUUCCCGGGCGAUGUGUCGCUGGCCCUGGGACCAGCUGUCUGGCCUACUGGGCGUUUCUCUCGGCCUGCCCGGGACAGGUUCUUCUUGGCUUUUCCAGGUCCUCUUCCUGAGCACGUGCGAGCGCGGUCCCCACACCGCCAUUCUGCUGACCAGCUGUGCCGACGGGUACAUCUACGCCUGGGCGGUCGGCAGCAAAGGCGGAAUGAUGGGCAAGUUCCACGGGGCCCACGGGAGAGCCCGGGACGCGGUGGUCGUCUGCACCAUGUCCACGGACGACAGCGAGUUGGUCCUCUUCACUGGAGAUUCCUUAGGCUACAUCAAGAUCUGGGACAUCAUGAAUUACUGCACAACAGCGGAGGAAAAGGAUUCUGUGUUGGAUGUCAGCAGCGAAGCCCCUCGUGAGCGGAGCUACUUCUAUGACUUGAUCCCCGAGUACUGCAGAGUUCCGGCAAAAUUCCAGGACCAUGGAAUCACUAGGCAGGUGCACGGCGGCCGGGUGACCUCCCUGGUUCCCCCCGUCUGCCUGAGCUCGUGGAGGGGACACCUGAAGAACGUGGUCAGCAUCAAAUAUGUGGAGAGGUUCCGCGUGAUCCUCACUUCCAGCCACGACUGCACCAUCAAGCUCUGGAUGCUGUCCGGAAGGCACGUAGGGACGUUCGGGCACUCGCUGUGGAGGCUGGGGGUGCCGCCCCCGGAGCCUCCGGAGCCGCCGGAGGAGAUCCGCCGGGUGGGCUCGCUGCACACCCUGAAGGUCCUGAACGAGGGCCGGCAGCCGCACUGGGAGAGCACCCGCAGCAUCGUCCAGACGCUGAGCCAGCAGAAGCGGCAGCAGUCCCUGCUGAUGGACUUCCUGCACGUGGGCUCGUCCCUCAGCAGCGACGCCGCCAGCCGCAUGCAGGAGAUGAUCCAGAAGGAGACGCGCAUGGCCCAGUUCUCCGAGGAGCAGGUGGAGGCCGCCUUCCAGAAGUGGGAGGAGUCGGGGAAGCAGGCGAGCGAGAUCCUGGGCCACUCCUACAAGCCGAAGGUGCCGCGGCCCUUGCUGAAGCAGCUCCCGGAGAUGAAGGCCUACGUGGGCUGCAGGGAUCAGCCCCGCAUCUAUCACUGCAUCCAGUACACGGACUUGCAGCCGAUGGUCCAGCCCCACGUUCCGGACAUCCUGGCCGAGUCGCAGCAGGUGCCGGCCCCGGCGGAGCAGCGGACGGCCAAGCGGACGCGGCGGUGGUCGGCGUUCACGGGCCUCAUCAUCAAGCCCACCCUGAAAAGCUACAUGAUGCGCAAGCACGCGCUGUACAUCAAGGAGUGAGCGGGCAGCCCGGCGAGGGGCCGGGGGCCGGCGGGGGGGGGGGCCAGCACGGGCGCGCAGGCGGAGGCUCGGGGCUCUUCCGGCCUUCCCGCUCUGGGGUUCCCUUUCCCACGUGGGGGGCAGGCACCGGGGCCUGUCUGGAGAGGGAGAAUA